UGUCUCCUACUUCAAACCACCUUCAUGAAUCAUUUCCAUAACACAACCCAUAAAACUCAACCUCCCCCAUGUGCCUUCACAUGCAUUCCAAUGAAACUCUAUACUCAAUUAAUUAAUCAUCCUAUUAAUUCCAUUUAAGCGUUGUUAUUAACACACAAAUUUAAACAACCACUUUUGACUUCACAUUCAACAAGACUAGCUAUGGAUCUUUGCAAAAGUAGAGCAACAACCACCGUUACUCUCUCAUGUCUCCUCUUCUUCGUCUCUUCAUUCUACACAAUCUCCACCGCGAAAUCAGCCACCACCAACCUGCUCUCGUACCAACUCCUUCAGUUUACCGCCUUCUUUCUCGCUGCAGCCUUGUCACUUCUUAUGUUGGUCGCGGCGGCCCGAGCCACCAUGGUCGCGUGGAUAACGGUGCUUGUUCUGUUGGCUUUCUCGGGUACACGGCGACGUGUUCUGGCACGGAGAGGGAAAACAAUCACCGCGGAUGUGGCGUUGUGCUUGUUCAGGGUUCUGUUUAGAGAGGCAGAUCCUCGCGGUUAGUCUCUUGAUGGUUGGUUCUUCCUUGUUAGAGAGUAUUUUACAUGUCCCAUUUUGUAUAUAACAAACAAAAUAUGUCUUUUUGUGAUUGAUUUUCCCUUUUUGUAUUUAUUUAUACGGA